AUGUCUGGACUGAUUGCACUCAUGCACAUGUGCAAUGCCAACUGCCUAUCUCGUGACCCAGGAGUCCAGUAUUCACAUGUUGACCUUCCGUCUAUAUCCAUCAUUGGUGGAACGCCCGCCAGCGCCGGUGAAUUUCCAUUCAUGGCUCUUCUCGAUUUGGAUGGAGCUUUGUGUGGUGGGACUUUGAUUGCAGAAUCUGUUGUCGUGACGGCGGCUCAUUGUAUUGGCAGGUCCAAUGAAUCCAGUCUUCCCUAUUUCUUUGUUUUUCUAAACACGUUGUCAGUGGACGGAGAUGGGGAAGGCGCGAUCGCUCGAGGAGUCACGUCCUUUUUAAAGCAUGAGGAGGGCAGGGACAUUGCGUUGCUGUUUUUGAAUGAAACAGUUACCACCCUCGCGUUCGCCCCCCUUCCGGAGGACGACGGAAUCCUGACGGAACCCCCGACGAAACCACCGACGGAACCGCCAACACAACCACCAACGGAACCCACAACUACCAAAAAACCCACAACGACCAAAAAACCGACGACCACCAAAAAACCGACAACGACCAAAAAACCGACAACGACCAAAAAGCCGACAACUAAGAAACCGACAACCAAAAAGCCAAUGGCGAAACCAACAACAACAAAGCCGAAAACUACCAAGAAACCAACGUUGAAGACAACAACAAAACCUAAAACCACCAAAAAAACAGCCAUGAGAGCUUUCCCUGACUACGCCAACGAGGCUGCCGUCAUCGUUGGAUGGGGAAUAACCGUUCCAGGUUAA